UUUCAUCUCUCAAUUCCAUUCUUCUUCACUUCUCUUUGGCUCCCUUAAUUACUCCACACCAUCCUCUCCCACCCUCCAAGAAUCCCUUCAUUUCCACCCCACCUACACCCACCCCACCCUACAAAUACAUACAUACACAUGUGUAUGUAUAUAUCUUGUGUGGCGUUACACUUCCAAAUAAUGAAACCAUGGCUUGUGCCUUGACAGAUGCUGCAAUAACUCCAAAAUCCACUCCCUAAACUUCAUAUCAUUUUCCUUAUCAAAUCCCUGAUAUUCUUCUCUUUUCCUUCUCUCUCAUUUCCCCAUCUUCUUACCAUAACUUUUUUGUGCUGCUGCUUUCAUCUCUUCUUCUUCUGACCUCACCCAUGGAGUUCAGCAGCGGCGGCGGCGGCGGCUCCAGCGGCGGCGACCCUCAUGACGCCUCCAAGAGGAGGAAGAAGCGCUACCAUCGGCACACCGUCCACCAAAUUCAGAGGCUUGAAUCGAUGUUCAAAGAGUGUGCUCAUCCAGAUGAGAAGACAAGAAAUCAGUUGAGCAGAGAAUUAGGCCUUCAUCCUCGGCAGAUCAAAUUUUGGUUCCAAAAUCGAAGGACGCAAAUGAAGGCACAGCAUGAAAGAUCAGACAACUGCACACUAAGAGCAGACAACGACAGAAUCCGAUGCGAAAACAUAGCAAUGAGAGAAGCCAUCAGAAACGUCAUCUGCCCCUCCUGCGACGGCCCUCCUGUCACCGAGGAUUACUACUUCGACGAGCAAAAACUCCGAAUGGAAAACGCCCAGUUGAAAGAAGAGCUUGACAGAGUUUCAAGCAUUGCUGCCAAGUACAUGGGCCGCCCCAUUUCCCAACUGCCGCCGGUGCAGCCGAUUCAUGUCUCUUCAUUGGAUUUAUCAAUGGCUAGUUUUGGUGGACAUGGGCAUGGGAUGCCUUGCCCUUCUCUUGAUCUCCUCCCGGGGAGCUCGUUGGGGCUAGCGUCGUUCCCUCCUACCAACAUCUCAGAUGCGGACAAGGCCCUCAUGGCCGAUGUGGCGGCCAGAGCCAUGGAUGAGCUGAUCAGGCUGCUGCAGGACAAUGAGAUGAUGCUUUGGAUCAAGUCUGCAUCGGAUGGCGGAGAGCUCCUCAAUCUUGAGAGCUACGAGAGAGCUUUUCCGAGGCCUAAUAGCCACUUGAAGAACCCUGGUGUUAGAACAGAAGCUUCCAGAAGCUCAGGAGUUGUCACCAUGAAUGACCUGGCUUUGGUUGACAUGUUUGUUAAUUCUAAUAAAUGGAUGGAGCUGUUUCCUGCAAUUGUGUCAAGGGAAAGGACUAUUGAAGUGAUAUCAUCUGGGAUGCUAGGAAGCCAUAGUGGCUCAUUACAAUUGAUGUAUGGAGAGCUACAAGUGCUCUCAGCAUUAGUCCCAACUCGAAAACUCUACUUCCUACGCUUUGUUCAGCAGAUUGAAGCCGGAUCAUGGGCUAUUGUCGAUGUCUCUUACGAUAUCCCCAACCAAGAAAGCCAGUUCUUGUCUUCUUCGUGCAAGGCUCACAAGCUUCCUUCCGGAUGCUUGAUACAGAAAAUGCCUAAUGGCUACUCCAAGGUCACUUGGAUUGAACACUGGGAAGUCGAGGAUAAAUCCCCGGUCCACAGUCUGUAUAGAGACCUAAUCUACAGUGGAUUAGCCUUUGGUGCAGAGAGGUGGCUUUCAAAUUUGCAGAGAAUGUGUGAAAGAAUUGCUUGCUUGAUGGUGGCUGGAAAUUCAAACCGUGAGCUUGGAGCCAUUCCAUCACCAGAAGGUAGUAGAAGCAUGAUGAAGCUUGCUCAGAGAAUGGUGAACAAUUUGUGUGCAAGCAUCAAUCCCUCGAGUGGGCAGCAAUUGACAACCCUAAUAGGGUCGAACGAGCUCGAGGUCCGGGCAACACUCCACAGCAGCGCCGACCAGGUAAACCGCAUGGUGCUCAGCGCGGCCGCCACUAUAUGGCUCCCCGUCCCACCUCAAACCGUCUUCAACUUCUUCAGGGACGAGCGCACCCGCCCUCAGUGGGAUGUGCUCUCAAAUCAAAAUCCAGUUCAAGAAAUUGCCCACAUUGCUAAUGGCUCUCAUCCAGGCAACUGCAUUUCUGUUCUUAGGGCCUUAAACACUAGCCAAAACAACAUGUUGAUACUCCAAGAGAGCUGCCUAGACUCAUCAGGAUCACUAGUGGUCUACUGCCCCGUGGAUCUCCCGUCGAUCCACCUCGCGAUGAGCGGUGAGGACACGUCGUUCAUCCCCCUGCUUCCCUCGGGAUUCACGAUCUCCCCCGAUGGCAGCAGAGGGCCUGACCCCUUCCCAGUGGGAGGUGGCGACGGGGCCUCCACUAGCUCCAACAUGGACCCUGCUGCCAGGUCAUUAUCGUCCGGGUCCCUCGUGACGGUGGUCUUCCAAAUCCUAGUCAGCAACACGCAGACCGCAAGGAUCAGCCCCGAAACGGUCAACACGGUCAACAACCUCAUAAGCAACACCGUCCAUCAGAUCAAAGCGGCUAUGAAUUGCUCCUCGUCUUAGAUCCCAACCGUUCGAAUAAGCCCUUGGCAGGGCUUAUUCGAAUGAGUAAUCAGAAUGUUUUUUUCUUUUUGCUACUUUAUUUUGUCCCACUUCAUUUUUUUUACUUUGAAAAAAAAAUAGGAGUCAAGAACGCACCGUUUCAUGCUUUUCUUCAAUUAGGGUUUGUUUGGAAUUUUCCAAAUCCAAGUUGAGGGAAAGUAGGUAUGGUUCGGGUAUUGACUUCUUCAAAUUAGAAUUUUCUUGAAUUAGAGAAAGAAGGAUUUGUGUAGUAAUUAAUUGAAUUAAAUUGCAAUUGUUGAAAUAGAGAUGUGUUGCAUGUGUGUAUGGAUGGAUUUCUCAUUUAAUGAACAAUGUGUUUCA